AUGUCUGGGGUGUGGGUGUUCAAGAAUGGUGUGUUUCGUUUGGUGGAAAACCCUCAAGCUGAGGGGUCAGAUGGAAGGCAAGGGAAAGGAAGUAGCUCAAAGAGAAAGGUGUUGGUGCACUUGCCAAGUGGGGAAGUGGUUUCUUCCUAUUCUUUUCUUGAGCAAAUCUUAACCGGAUUAGGUUGGGAGAGGUACUAUGAUGGAGACCCUGACCUCUACCAGUUCCACAAACACUCCUCAAUCGACCUAAUUUCCCUCCCAAAAGACUUCUCCAAGUUCAACUCCAUCAAUAUGUACGAUAUAGUCAUCAAGAACCCCAAUGUCUUCCAUGUCCGGGAUAAGUGA